AUGAUCGGCUCGGUUGCCGGCCGUCGAAUCAUGAUUCGUGAAAGGGUUGAACUCUCUAUGAGUGGACAACAACUCCUCCGCGCGCAUGAUGGGCAUGCUGUGCUUCCGAUUGGCCGUGUUACACUUGCAGCCAUCCAGCCCAAUUGGCGACUCGAGCGUUCCACAAGCUGCAAUCGCCUCUUCACCUCAAGUAAGGGACCGAAAUCUAACUACAAGGUUCAGAUGGGGAAGAAGAUCAUUUUUGCCACGUAUUGA